GCGUCAUGUGGAUGUCGAGCUAAUACCCGAACCCACUGACGGGGCUUUUUCUCACGGACGCCAUCAUUAAAAAACAAAACAACCCCUCUCUGGACCUUCUUCUUCGCGGCGAAGACUCUUCUACGAGGUCGCGUGACAAGCGAUGGAGGACGGGGAGCGGUCGCCGCUGCUGUCCGAGCAGCACGACGGCACCAACGGCAGCUCGCACGGAUACACGGCGCAGAGUUUGGCGCCGUUCCCCAGCUCGGUGGCCCCCGGCGAGGCUCCGCCCCCUUACUCGCCGCAGGUCAGCCCGGACAGCAGCAGCAGCGCUCCGACCAUCAGCUGCCGGGUCUGCCAGUGCGCCAUAUCGGUGGAGGGCAAGACGCACCAGCACGUGGUGAAGUGCGGCAUCUGCAACGAGGCCACGCCGAUAAAGAACGCCCCCGUGGGGAAGAAGUACGUCCGCUGUCCGUGUAACUGCCUCCUGAUCUGCAAAGUCACGUCGCAGAGGAUCGCCUGCCCGAGGCCGGACUGUAAACGCGUCAUCAACCUGGGCCCGGUCCACGUGGACCGAGAGAGUCCGGAACCGCAGCAUCAGCCCGUUGGCAUCCGGAUCAUCUGUGGACACUGCUCCAACACAUUCCUGUGGACCGAGUUUUCCGACCGGACUUUGGCUCGAUGUCCUCACUGCCGGAAAGUCUCUUCUAUUGGUCGACGUUACCCCAGAAGGAGGAGCCUACUGUGCUUCCUGCUGUUUGUUGUCUUCGUCGCCUCCACUGCAGGACUUAUGGUCGGGACGUGGCAACCCGCCCAGAAGUCCAACGGGAUCUACGCCUCGUGGGCGCUGCUCGGCCUGCUCGCCCUGCUCAGCAUGGCCAGGACCGUCUACUGGAGGUGCCUGAAGAUCAGCGACCCCGUAUCCAACGUCACGUAGAGA